AUGACGGACAAGGUUUUCGUCUACUUCAUGCCCCUAGCCCAGAGGCGCAUACGCUUGCUUUGUCUUGCAUGUUGUUUUGCCUUUUGUCAGUUGCAUUUUCUGCCCGCUUUCUGCAACUCCCAGCUUCUCAACAUGCCUCCGACAGCGAUUUCCUCUCGAGCGCCCAGCAUUCGCCUUCUCCACUGUCCAAUCAGCAUCGCCAUGUCCGGCGACAACGCAGCCACUCUUGCCCAGUUCUCUGCCAUGUGGGCUGCGCUCGACGAGCCAGCCAGGCAGCGCCUACUGUCUAGCGUGCCUGCCCCAUCCAGCUCUGCGCCUCCUGCAGUGCCAUCCACGCCCACAGCCAACACUGCCCAGGAGGCCCACGCAGCCGAUGAGAGCCCCGCCAAGCCCACUACCAAAGCGCCGCCUGAGAUUGUUACUGGCGAAGCUCCACCCUCCCAGCCCAUGCUCUCAGCCCAGCAAGCCCAGGAGCUCCAGGACCUCAAGGCCGCCGCCUUUGGCCCGCCGUCAGGGCACUCUGGACAGCGCCGCCCAGAUUGCCCAAGAGCCCAGCACAGCCAACUCCUCAGCCCAGCCCAGUGCUCCGUCGGAGGAAGCUGGAUCCCAGGAUCGCCGUCACGAUCUCACCUUCCGACGCCAGGGCACCUGCGUGCAGCCUAUGCCGCCCAUCAGCCCCUUCCGAGCCUUGUCUUCAAGAGAGACAGGCAACUUGGCAACCAGUGCCCACAGCCUUCCUCGAGGCCUUGCCCCAGACCGUGCCCACCGCCCCCACAAGGCCCAAAUCUGCCCCCAGCGCCCAGGGGCCAGAUCCCGCAGACGCCUCUAAACGCGGAAAGAGACGACUGCCUCAAUAAAACCACAGCCGCCUUUAUCACCCCGGAUCCAGACCUUGAGGAGCAGAGCCCCCCGCCGCAGCCCACUCCUGCUCAGCCCAAGGAGGCGCCGCCCAAGGAGGUGCCCGUAAAGGCACCCCUGCCAAGAAUAGCCCAGACCGCGGCCUCUCCUUGCCCCUCAUGCACUGGGAGGGCCGGCUGUGGUACAAUUUCUACAGCUUGGGCCAGCCUCUGCCCCAUGAAGGAGGUCGACUGGGACACUUUCUGGCUCACCUUUGAAAGUGCCCCAGGUGGCCCAGCCGCGGUGCCCUCGCCCACGCAGCCCACUCCAGCUCCACCUGGUGGCAACGCCGACCCGCCCCAGACGACAGCCACACCUCCUACCCAGCCUGCGCCAACGAUGCACAAGCCCAAAGCCGACCCACCCCAGCUGGGGCCCGCCCUCUCCUGCCUAGACAUGGACAACUACCGCAUUGAGAGGGAUGCCAGGGGCCGGAUUCUCAUUCACCAGUGCGAUUAUGACGUACUGAUGGCCCAUGCCUACCGUGGCCUCGCCUCCGCCCGCUUCAUGAUGGACAAUGAGUCCUUCACGGUUGUCUCGGGCCCAUAUCCUUUUGGCAACCCGCCCGUGCCUCCGCCCACGAGCCUGCCCAGUCGACCUCGGAUGAGCCCGUGCCGGCCCAGCAGGCCCCCACGCCCACCACCUCGGAGACCACGGCGGGCCCAAAAGACGAAGCUGACACUGACCUACUUGGCCUAA